UGCGGAUCUUAUCCUAGUCUCUUAUAUAGAGUAACAUCCCCAACUAUGCUAGUCGUGGGUAAAGAGAGGACAAUGACGGAAAAAAACUCAACACCACUGCAACCGCCGCAGACGCAGGAGGAUGAAGAGGAGAAGAGGGAGAUGUAUGCUGUGUGGGCUGUACCAGAGGAAGACGUAGAAGAUCGGCUUCGAAGGCUAAUGGAGGGACUAAGGUCGGAGUUCGGCGGUCCACCGUUUGGUCCUCAUUUGACCCUCGUCGGACCACAGCAGCUUACGGCCGGCGAGGCCAAACGGAUGUUUGAGGCGGCGUGUGAAGGUUUUAAGUCGUAUCCGGCCACCGUUGACCAAGUCACCGCAGGAACUUCUUACUUUCAGUGUGUUUAUGUGUCUCUCCGGCACACCUUAGAGGUAAUGAAUGCUGCCGGACAUUUUAUGAGCCACUUCAAAGCUUUCACCGGAAAAUUUUAUGAGCCACAUAUGAGCAUACUUUACGGCGAUCUAACGGAGGAAGAGAAGAAGAAAGCCUUAGAGAAAGCUUCCACGCUUGAUUCUAGUUUAGAUGGACUGAAUUUUCGGAUAAAUCGAGUUGAGCUAUGGAUAACCGAUGCAGACGUUGGAUCCUGGGCGAAAAUCUACGAACAAAAUCUAAUUUCCUAAACAGAAUUUGUGAGAGAAAAGUUUCAUGGUUUUCAGUGUAUUUUCGAUUUUACUCUUGUGCUUAUUUGGUUUAAUUAUAUCAGUUAUAAGACUUGGUUUAGUGUGGUAUGAUAUUUCAUGGUUU